GCAAAUGUGCUGUCAUUAAGACCUCAACGAGACAGACUAUCUUUUUGCCCUUGAUCGGAUUGGUGGACCCAGCAACCUUGAAACCCGGCGAUCUCAUUGGAGUUAACAAGGACAGUUUCUUGGUCCUUGAUACCCUUCCCACAGAAUACGAUUCUCGCGUCAAGGCUAUGGAGGUGGACGAGAAGCCGACAGAACACUACAGCGAUGUCGGAGGUCUGGAGAAGCAGAUCGAGGAACUAGUUGAAGCCAUUGUACUGCCCAUGACCCACGGCGAGCGCUUCAAGAACUUGGGAAUCAAGCCGCCCAAGGGAGUGCUGAUGUACGGACCCCCUGGUACUGGAAAGACACUGUUGGCCCGUGCUUGUGCAGCCCAGACAAACGCUACAUAUCUCAAGCUUGCGGCAACAUCACUUGUGCAGAUGUUCAUCGGAGAUGGAGCCAAAAUGGUUCGCGACGCAUUUGAGCUGGCCAAGGCCAAGAAGCCGACCAUUAUUUUUAUCGACGAGCUGGAUGCGAUCGGAACAAAGCGUUUUGAUAGUGAUAAGACUGGAGAUCGUGAGGUGCAGAGAACCAUGUUGGAGCUCCUCAAUCAAUUGGAUGGUUUCAGCAGUGACGAUGGCAUCAAGGUCAUUGCAGCAACAAAUCGUAUUGAUAUUCUGGAUCCAGCCUUGCUUCGUUCUGGACGUCUGGAUCGCAAGAUUGAGUUCCCAGCUCCUAACGAGGAAGCCCGUGCCCAGAUCUUGCAGAUCCAUAGUCGAAAGAUGAAUGUCUCUGAGGAUGUGAACUGGGCUGAACUGGCGCGUAGUUGUGACGAGUUCAAUGGAGCGCAAUGCAAGGCUAUCUGUGUCGAGGCUGGUAUGCUGGCGUUGCGUCGUGGUGCAAAUCAAUUGACCCACGAUGAUUUCUUGAUGGGUAUCGCAGAAGUCCAGGCCAAGAAGAAGACUAGUUUGCAGUACUACGCAUAA